AUCAGAAAGCUAAUAGUAAGAUGGAAAAGUUAAUGUGGGUUAGAUUGACAAUUUUUAUUGUUUUAUUUGGCAGUAAAGUAUCAAAUAUUGCAAUUGCACAAACUACGAAUGCAGCAGCAUUUCCUGCAGUGUUUGCAUUUGGGGACUCAAUCUUUGACACAGGAAAUAAUAACAACCUUAUGACUAUGUCCAAGUGUAAUUUUCCUCCCUAUGGAAGGGAUUACUACGGAGGAAAGGCUACAGGAAGAUUCGGUAACGGCAGAGUUCUAUCAGAUUUGAUAACGUCGGCAUUGGGAGUAAAAGACACAUUGCCAGCAUUCCUGAACCCAUCUUUAACAUCUCAAGACCUUGUUACCGGGGUAUGCUUUGCAUCAGGUGGAUCAGGGUUUGACGAUAUGACAGCAAACGCACAGGGAGCAGUUUUGACAAUGGGACAACAACUGAACUAUUUCCAACAAUACAUAACAAAGUUGAGAGGAAUUGUUGGAAAUGAAAGAGCAGCUGAUAUCAUAUCUAAAGCAUUGUUUAUAAUAUCAUCAGGAAACAAUGAUGUUGCAUUCGCUUAUUCCUUUACUCCAAGGCACUUCUUGCCUUUCAAUGUAUAUUCCAAUAUGUUAGUUUCUGCCGGCCAAAAUUUCCUCAAGAGUCUAUAUCAAUUGGGAGCACGACAUGUGUGGGUUCUAAGUACACUUCCAUUAGGGUGCUUACCUGCAGCUAGAUCUACAAUGGGAGGACCAUUAAGGGUUUGUGUAGAUUUUGAGAAUGGGUUAGCAGCACAAUACAAUAACAUGUUACAGCAGGGGCUUGCAACUGUUAAAGGCUCCCUUCCUGAUUAUGAUAUUAGAUUUGUUGAUGUCUAUACUCCUAUGCUUCGUCUCAUACAAAAUCCUUUUCAAUCAGGGUUUGUAAACGUGUGGACCGGGUGCUGUGGAACUGGAACAUUUGAAAUGGGACCUUCAUGCAACACGUUCACGUUACAAUGUCCAAGUACUGCAUCCUACUUUUUCUGGGAUGUUGCUCAUCCUACAGAGAGAGCUUAUCAAGCCACUCUUGCUCAAGUACUUCAAACUCACAACUAUGAUCUAAAUAGUUACAACAUUUCCCAAACUCUUCAUCCUUUCAAUGUAUCAACUCUUAGUUUUAAUUAUUAAAUAAUUUGUCAAAUGGAUUAUUACUUGUUUAUCCAAACAAAUUCAAUGAAUUUGCGUCAUAACAAAGAAGAUCAAAUUCAAUGAAAUGGACAAUUGCUUUUUAAUGUUAUCUUAUUCGAUGAAA